UAAAUCAGCGGCGCUGGGGCUGGCUGGUAAUUGAUGUCCGCGAGAGGUGAAGCUGGCAGGGCGGCUCGCAGCGGACACUCCCUUUCCGCGGGCCGGGCCGGGUAGGGGAGGGCUUAGGGGCUGCUGGAUGUGGAUCCCGCACCGCGCUACGCCGUUAUCUCAGCCACCGCAGGAGGAGUCUGAGACCGAGGAGAGCCCGUCGGAGCCCAGCCGGCGCCUCUGCCUCACUGCCGUCGGCAGGGGAAGAGCCCUGCGCUCCCGCGGGCAGGACCAUGCCCCGCCAGCUCCUCUCAGGGACCGUGCUGCUGGGAGCCGUCCUCCUGCUCGCAGGAUCUAGUUCAGGAUCAAAAUUAAAAGUUCCUGAGCUGAGCAUAAAUGGCAUACAGCACGUUGUUCAAGCAGGCCAGACUUUAAAUCUCACCUGCAGGGGGGAAAUGGUUCAUUCAUGGUCUUUGCCUGAAACUCUAAGUAAGGAUAGCAAAAGGCUGAAAGUAAUUAAAUAUGCCUGUGGAAAGAAUGGAAAGCAGUCCUGCAGCAGUCUGACCUUGAGCAGAACUCAAGCAAGUGACACUGGAAACUAUAGCUGCAAAUACCCAACAAGUCCAGCAAAAAAGAAGAAGGAAUCUACAGUCUAUGUAUUUAUUAACGAUACAAGCAAUCCAUUUGUAGAAAUGCACAGUGAUAUACCAAAAAUAAUACACAUGAUUGUGGGAAGAGAAAUGAUCAUUCCAUGCAGAGUCACAGCACCAAACAUUGCUGUUACUUUAAAAAAGAUUCCACGUGAAACCCUAAUUCCUGAUGGCAAGACAAUAAUUUGGGACAGCAUGAAAGGCUUCAGAAUACCCAAGGCAACCUACAAAUUCAUAGGACUCCUGAGCUGUGAGACAACCAUUGGUGGACACAAGUAUAGCACAAAGUACCUAACACACCGAGAAACCAACACAAUUUUUGAUGUCCAGUUAAGCACUCCACGUCUUGUCAAGCUGCUGAAAGGUGACAGCCUGGCAAUUAACUGCACUGUCACUGCAGCUUGGAACACCAGAGUGCAGAUGACGUGGACUUAUCCUGGAGAGGCACGGAAGAGAGGUUCUAUAAUGCAGCGCAUUGACCAGAGGAAUAUAGAAGCCAACAUUUUUUACAGUAUCCUUGUUGUUGACAGAGUGCGUGAUAUUGAUAAAGGCCAAUACACCUGUCACGUUAAGAGUGGGCCAUCAAUCAAGGCUGUUAACACAACAGUCAUUGUUUAUGAUAAAAUGUUCAUUAAUUUGAAACGUCGAAGAAAAACUGCGCUGGAGGCUGUAGCUGGAAGAAAAUCCUAUCGUUUGUCAAUGAAAGUGAAGGCAUUUCCCUCUCCAGAGGUUAUAUGGUUAAAAGAUGGGCUACCUGCUGCUGAAAAAUGUGCCCGAUACAUGGUUAAAGACUAUUCAUUAAUCAUCAAGGAUGUUGCUGAGGAAGAUGCGGGAAACUACACUAUAAUUUUGAGCAUACGACAGUGGAACUUGUCUAAGAAUCUUACAGUCACUCUUACAGUAAAUGUGAAGCCCCAGAUAUAUGAAAAUGCUGUGUCAUCACUCCUUGAUCCCAAUCUGUAUUUAUUGGGCAGCAAACAAGUGCUGACAUGCACCGUGUAUGGUAUUCCUCAGCCUAAAAUUACGUGGAUGUGGUAUCCCUGUAGACAAAACCAUUCUAAAACAAGGCAUGGCUUUUGCUCUCACACCAAUGGAUCUUUCAUCCUGAAAGCUGACAGCAACAUAGGAAACAGGAUCCAGAGCAUCACUGAGAGAACAGCUGUAAUAGAAGGCAAAAAUAAGACUGCUAGCACUCUCGUUGUAGCUGAAGCCAAGUCUUCUGGAAUCUACAGCUGUGUGGCAUCCAAUAAAGUGGGAAAAGCCAGAAGAAAUGUCAGCUUUAUUGUAACAGAUGUACCAAGUGGAUUCCAUAUUAGUUUGGAAAAGAUGCCCAUUGAAGGAGAGAAUUUGAUAAUGUCCUGUUCGGCCAACAAGUUCCUGUACAAAGACAUUGCUUGGAUUUUACCAAGGACAGUCAACAAUCAAACGAAAGCAAAAAGGUCUCUCUCGAAGGAAUACUCCAUCACCCUCACUCUGACCAUCAGGAACGUUUCCCUGGCACACUCGGGCACCUAUGCCUGCCGAGCAAGGAACAUAUACACGGGGAAAGAAGUGCUUCAAAAGAAAGACGUUACAAUCAGAGCUCAAGAGGCACCAGCCCUGCUUCGGCACCUUAUGGAUCAGACAGUGAACACCAGUAACUCUGCCAUGUUGGAGUGCCAGGUUCGUGGCAUCCCAGAGCCCCAGAUAUCCUGGUUUAAAAACCAUGAGGAAAUACAGCAAGAAUCAGGAAUAAUUUUAGGGCCCGGAAGCCGAAUGCUGUUUAUUGAAAGAGUAAAAGAGGAGGAUGAAGGACUUUAUCAGUGCAUAGCCACCAACUUAAAAGGGUCCGUGGAGAGUGCAGCAUAUGUCACAGUACAAGGCACAUCAGAGAGGUCAAACCUGGAGCUAAUAACGCUGACCUGCACCUGUGUGGCUGCAACACUCUUCUGGCUGCUGUUGACCCUCUUCAUUCGCAAGCUGAAGAGGCCUUAUUCCUCUGAAAUGAAGACCAAUCAUUACCUGUCAAUCAUAAUGGAUCCUGACGAAGUCCCCUUAGAUGAGCAAUGUGAACGUCUGCCUUAUGAUGCCAGCAAGUGGGAGAUUGCAAGGGAAAGGCUUAAACUAGGGAAGUCUCUUGGACAUGGAGCUUUUGGAAAGGUGGUACAAGCAUCUGCUUUUGGAAUUAAGAAAUCACCGACAUGCCGAAUAGUUGCUGUGAAAAUGCUGAAAGAAGGGGCCACAGCAAGUGAGUACAAAGCACUGAUGACUGAGCUGAAAAUCCUGAUCCACAUUGGUCAUCAUCUGAAUAUUGUGAAUUUGCUGGGAGCAUGCACGAAAAAUGGAGGGCCUCUGAUGGUGAUUGUUGAAUACUGCAAAUAUGGGAAUUUAUCAAACUACCUGAAGAGCAAGAGGAAUCUUUUCUGCCCCAACAAGGACUCCUGUCUGCAAGGAGAACCAGUGAAAGAGAAAAAGGAUAUUGAGCCAGUGGAAGGCAAAAAACAAAGGCUGGCCAGUGUCACCAGCAGUGAGAGCUUUGCAAGCUCUGGGUUCCAGGAAGAUAAAAGUCUGAGUGAUGUGGAGGAGGACGAGGAGGAUGCUGAUGAGCUCUACAAGUUGCCGCUCACGAUGGAGGACCUGAUCUCUUACAGCUUUCAGGUGGCCAGAGGCAUGGAGUUCCUUUCCUCAAGAAAGUGCAUUCAUCGUGACCUGGCAGCCAGAAACAUCCUUUUAUCUGAGAACAAUGUCGUGAAGAUCUGUGAUUUUGGCCUCGCAAGAGAUAUUUAUAAAAAUCCUGAUUAUGUGAGAAAAGGAGAUGCUCGACUUCCUCUCAAGUGGAUGGCUCCAGAAUCCAUAUUUGAUAAAAUCUACAAUACAAAAAGCGAUGUGUGGUCCUACGGGGUCUUGCUGUGGGAGAUAUUUUCCUUGGGCGCCUCUCCUUACCCUGGAGUCCAAAUAGACGAGGAUUUCUGCAGCAGACUAAAGGAAGGCACAAGAAUGCGAGCCCCGGAGCAAGCGACUGAGGAGAUCUACCAAAUCAUGCUGGACUGCUGGCGAAGCAAUCCUAAUGAUAGACCAAGGUUCUCCGAGCUGGUGAAAAAGCUGGGUGACCUGCUGCAAGCAAAGGUCCAGCAGGAAGGCAAAGACUACAUACCCCUCAAUAGUAUAUUUACAACAGAAAGUGGGUUUCCAUCUGCAUCCGAUCCUUUGUGCAAAGAAAAUUUUCCUGUUACAAGCUCAAGCUGUGGAAGCACUGAAAAUGUCAGAUAUAUAAACACUUUCAAAAUAAAACCACCCCAGCGCAUAAAGACAUUUGAAGAGCUUCCCAUCAAGGAAACACGUGUAUUUAAUGAUUACCAAGCAGACAGUGGGAUGGUGCUGGCUCCAGAAGAACUGAAACGCUUCACCUGGACAGGCAGCAAGCAGAAACGGACACUUUUUGGCGUGAAAGGUGCCAGCAGGAGCAAGGAGUCGGUGCUUUCUGGAAUAACCAAGCCAAGAAGCUUCUGCAGUUUCAGUUGUGAUCAGCUCAGUGACUCCAAGCGAAGAUAUACGUAUGGUAACACGGUGCUGGAGAAAAUGAAAGUGUGUCAUUCGCCCCCUCCAGACUACAACUCCGUGGUGCUUUAUUCUCAGCCGCCCGUUUAAGCACUUCUAGGCCAAGAUUUAAACACGUGUUUAAUCCAAAAAUGUUUUUCUGAAACACUGUCAGUUUAAAAACUUUAACCCAAAUAAUUUUAAUUAUCCUAAAAUUGAGAAAGAUAUCAUUGGCUUAAUCUCAAUUAUCUGCUUUUCUACAGACUGCAACAAGCAUAUACAAACUAUAGCAAAAUACUAAUGCUUAGGCCUUGACUUUCCCAGUGUUGAACACCAACAGCUGCCACCAAAAUUGCCCAGUGCUUCUGAAAACCUGGAUGGUCAUCAUUGCAGAGAAAACCUGGUUGCUGUUUGGUCCCUGGUGGUAGGAUGGUAUUUCAUACUGUGGUCACCCAGCCUCUGCUCAGCCCCGGUGUUCUGGUUUGGAGAGGCAGCUGGGAGCCUUUGGGAACCCUGCUAUCAUAGCCUGUGUAGUGUUGGAAAACACAGGAUUCUUCAAAGAAGAGGGAAACUAGAAACAGAUCAUGCUCUACAGUUUUUAGUGAGAAUUCUACUUUGAGAAACUUGAGGGAAGGCUGACACCCCGAGGAAGCAGGACUAGCUAGCUGGGGAUGGGGCAUUACAUGGCUCUUUCUGCUCUGGAUAGCAAGCACGGUAAGGUGUCUUGUGAGGCAAGAAUUUCAAAUGUGUGUUGCAAAACACAAUUGGCAAGGACAGAGGAGAACUAAGAUCAGAGCCAGGGCUGCAACAACAGGGAAUACAGAUCAGUUCGGCUUGGACAAGCCUGCUGAAAUCAAGUAAAUGUUCUUGAAGUCUUGCACUUUGUCAGUAUGCCAACACAGACACUGGAACCAAACCACAAGCUAGAUAUGUUAAAGCCAAGCUCCGUCCACAAAACCUCGUGGACCUUCUAACACUGCACUGAUUACAUUUUAUUUAUGGGAAUCUGUCUGAAAAGACAGUAUGGCUACUAAGCUGCAUAUACUUUAAUGAAUCGAUCACUAGAGAGUUUUAAGAGAUUAGUUAGAAAUGACAAGACAAUUUCCUUUGAAAGUUAGGGCAGCUUUUCUAUGAAGACAGUCAAUUUUCCAGGUUAGUUAUCAGUAUAUAUGUACAGGAAUAAAAAUGUAUCAUUUAUUUGCAACAGACUUUUGUAUGAAUGAAAGGCUAUGAAUGUUUGUUUGAGAAGCAUAAGGAUGCACCAUCCCCUUUCACUUUUGAAUGCAAUAUAAAAAUGAGAGUUGGCCAUUUAACACAGUAGCGCUGUUGUCUUCAAACUCAAAUACCACUGCCCAAUGUCAGCUCCUUUUGGUCCACUAUAAAUAUAUAUUAACUCAAAUGCUACAUAUGAUACAGUUCUGACCUCUUAAAACUCAGCUUAAGAGCUGUGACUUUAAUCCACUAACAGACUUGAAGGCAAAUGACCUUUUGUGUAUUUACAAACAAAAAUGUUCUUGGACAUUCAAGUACAAGAAAUACGUACCACUACUUAUAAGCUGUGUAUCAAUUCUAGAUCUUCCUGGCCAAGAGACCAUCAGUUUUCAGUAUUUAUUGCACUGUCUCUUGCUGAUAAAGUAUAUUUGAUCUUGAUCAAAACAAAAGAAAAUUUAAAGAACUGUUAUCUCCAAUUGAGCAAAGAUAUUUAUGGGAUGACGCAUCUCAAAGGAAAUAUUUGCACAGUGUAAAUAUAUAAAUAUGCUUUUUUGUGCAUAAAUAUUUAAGAAAACUGGACUACAUAGAUUACUUUUAUACCAACCCCCUAAAUUUCUUUGGAUGUGGAUAACUCCUAUUUUGUCUUGCAUUUUCUGUCUUCAUAUAAUGUAUUUGACUGCUAAAUUCAUAUAAUAAAGUUUGCUUUCGAAAGAA